AUGGAAAAAAUCGACAGUUUUUGCGGCAACGAUCUGCCGAAACCUGUCAUGUCCAAUGGGCCCAGGCUUAAGUUGCAAUUUCAGAGCCAAUCUGCAUCCAGGCACUCCAGAGGCUUCAAGGCUUCAUACAGCUUUAUAGAAAAUUUUGGUAUAAACACUGGAUUGCAGGAGCCAAAAUACCCAUGUGCCUUCGUUUUUAAAAGUCACCUAUCUAAGAACGGUUAUUUCCACAGCCCCAAUUAUCCAGGAUUUUACCCUAGGAACACGGAAUGUCAUUAUUUUUUUAAUGGAAACCCACAGGAGAAAGUGCACAUUCAUUUUAAUUAUUUCGAUGUUGAAGGUGUUCUACCUUGCGAAGCAAUAUCGGCCAGCGAUUACGUGGAAUUUUCAAACUUUUUGACAAGAGACAAAAAAUAUUCGCGCCACUGCGGCCAAUCGAAAGAGUUCGACAUCGAAUCCGACAGGCAAUUUUUUCGCGUGACCUUCAGAUCCAACGAUAGGCUGGAUGCAAUCGGUUUCAACGCCACCUAUCACUUCAUGAACGAAGUGGAAACCUACACGGGAAAGCCGGAAAAAACGGGCAGUUCCGAUCGAGUCAAAGGUUUAUUCGGUCCAAUUUUAUUAACCUUUGUCACAUUUAUGAUCAAAAUAGCAUAAUCAUGUUAAAAAAAACUUUUUAAAUACAAAAAAAGUAAACCCAAGACUGUACCUACCUAAAUUAAUGACCUUUUAUGUAUACAUAUGUUAAGUUUUAGGUGGAUAUAUUUAUUUAUAAAUGUGCAUUGUUUAUUAUAUCAUUAAUACAUGUUAAUUGUUAGGUUAACAACAUAUCUCAGAUAUGGAUCAGUAACUGAAUUGGUAAUAAUUUUCGAAAAAAAUUGACCAGAGAUUUUCCUGCUUUACUCAAUUUUUUUUUAUCAAAAUCACCUUGAAUCAAUAGGAAUUCCACAACGCCAUUUGUUA